AUGGACUCCCCAAAUGUUUCUUUCCUCAGCACUUGUCUGAAUGGACUGAAUGUUUUAUCAAGUGUUGGUAUACUCUCAGUUCCUUAUGCUCUUGCAAUAGGAGGUUGGUUAAGUUUGAUUCUUCUAUUUUUAAUUGCCACUGCUACAUUUUACACUGGCCUUUUAAUUAAAAGAUGUAUGGAUAACAAUUCAAACAUUCGAACCUAUCCAGAUAUAGGAGAAUUUGCAUUUGGAAAAACAGGAAGAUUAAUAGUGUCAAUAAUAAUGUACACAGAACUAUAUUUGGUUCCAAUAGGAUUUUUGAUUCUAGAAGGUGAUAAUUUGAGCAACAUGUUUCCUAUUGGAAAGGUUCACAUAGCAGGCUUAGGAAUUGGUGGGAAACAAUUAUUUGUGAUUAUUGUUGCUCUUAUCAUUUUGCCCACAGUUUGGUUGGACAACCUGAGUCUACUCUCAUAUGUAUCUACAACUGGAGUUUUUGCUUCUCUUCUAAUAAUCCUUUCAAUAACAUGGACUGGAACAUUUGAUGGAGUUGGUUUUCAUCAUAAAGGAACUCUUGUCCAUUGGAAUGGUCUCCCCACAACUGUUAGCUUGUAUGUCUUCUGUUAUGGUGCACAUACUGUCUUUCCCAUGUUGUACAAUUCGAUGAGAAACAAACAUCACUUCUCAAAAGUCCUACUGGUAUGUUUUCUCGUAGCCACUGUGGGUUAUGCAUCCAUGGCAAUAGUGGGUUAUUUAAUGUUUGGUGAGGAGGUUAAGUCUGAAGUAACAUUAAACCUGCCUCUAAACAAAGUUAGCUCAAAAGUAGCAAUAUACACCGCCUUGAUGAAUCCCAUAUCCAAGUUUGCUUUGAUGCUAACCCCUAUUACGAAUGCUUUGAAAGACUUGCUUCCAACAACCUACAAGAAUAGGGUGACGAGCAUCUUACUAAGCACAGUGUUGGUAUUGAGCAUCACUAUUAUUGCCCUUGCUGUCCCUUUCUUUGGAUCUCUGAUUUCACUGGUUGGAGCCUUUCUAAAUGUCACAGCUUCUAUUCUGCUUCCGUGCUUGUGCUACUUGAAGAUUUCAGACACUUACAAGAAAUUUAGGUGUGAAACAGUAGUUAUAGUGAUAAUGAUAAUGAUAGCUAUUGUAAUGGCAAUUUCAGGAACCUACAUUUCUCUCAUGGAAAUAGCACACAAUCUAUAA